UCUCCACUAGGGGCGGGCUCGCGAGUUGGGGGUUUCCUCAGUGCAAAGAUAUUUUAAUGUUCAGGUGAUAGACGACUUUUCGGUAAAUUGCCGACAAGGCACCGAAACAAACUGGAUUUUUUCCCACAAAUCAACACCAACAUUAGUGUAUUUCGAGUGUUUAACAGUGACGUUUACGUACAAACCAGUCAAACCGAGGACAUUAAUCCCGUAUCGAUAUCUUGCGCUGUAUCGACUGAAGACGAGGAUCUACGGCGUGCUUACUUUCAGUCACAGUUUGUCAUCUUUGAUAUGUACCUCAGAUAAACACUUGUGUUGCUACUUUUUUUCCUGCCUGUUAGCUCGAAAGCAAAUGUGUGUAAUUGGAGUUCGUGUGUCGCGCAAUGCACACAAACCGACUGGUAUUUAAUGUUAGCUUUUCCUGACGCCUGAAGCUAAGCAUCGAUAGGCGUCGUGCUGUUGCCGUUUACCAACGCUAUUAGUUACAUGAUGUGGCUGUGGUAAGCUGUGGCGUAACACCCGUCUAUUGAGAUAAAACAGGCCUGUAACUAAUACAAUAUUUGGGUGGCGAUAGUUUGAUUUUAAAAUGGGAGUGAGCAAGAUUUACAUUAGCAUCGGAUAUGCUACCUUUGGUACCCUGGUGGGACUUUCGGCUUUCUUCGUCUGGAACAUAGCGUACCGACAGCCAUGGACGGCGGCUAUGGGAGGCCUGUCGGGAGUGUUGGCGCUCUGGUCUCUUGUCACACACAUCAUGUACCUGCAGGACUUCUGGCGCACUUGGCUCAAAGGCCUCAAGUUCUUCAUCACUGUCGGUGUGCUUUUCUCCGUCUUGGCAGUGGCUGCCUUCAUCACCUUCCUAACACUCGCCAUCACACAGAAGCAAUCUCCUACUGACCCGAGGAGUCUUUACCUCUCCUGUGUGUGGAGCUUCCUGACGCUCAAAUGGUCCUUCCUCCUGGCUUUAUACUCCCACAGAUAUCGCCAGGAGUUUGCAGACAUCAGCAUUCUCAGCGACUUCUAGUCGGCACCGAUUUUAAAGACUGCGAUGGACUUCGAGAGGUUUUACGCAGCCGGCAGGAGCUGGCCAAAGAGCGUUUGUAACAAAGGAGGAAGAGCAGACAUGGCUAGAUUAAGAAGUCACCUGACUUUUACCAUAAGGAGUUGCACUUGUUGUACUUUCUCUGUAUUUGUAUCGUCACCUGAUCUCCUACUUUUGUUGACCCACAUAUAUUCCUGUAAGUAGUCAUACAUCUGACCUUCAGAAGAUUGAAGCUGCUUUUUAAUGAAUUGCUUGAGGCUUUGUAUGGAGUGACAUGCUGUGUUUGUAAGAUUUUAUCUUGUGGUGGUUCAAUCUUAAAACCGCUAAUACGUAUAAGGAAAUCUCCACGGCAACAUGCUUUUAAUCUCAUGAUAAAUGAUGAAAGCUAAAAUCCUCAUAACCAAAACUAAAGCUCCUACCUGAAGCUGCUCUGCUAAUUGCUCGUUGACUGUUUGUGUCCAAAUGAGCUUUUUCAUAGUUAACAGCUGAGAACAACAGAAUGCUCCCAUCAUUACAGUCCCUCUUAGUGUCUGCAAAGUCAGUCUCUCUGCUCCCUUCAAUGUCCCAAUUUAAGAACAUUUUUCUUUAACAUGAAAUGUAAUCACUGAUAUGAAUAGUUUCUAUUUUUUAAAUUGUUUUGAAGAGGGUAGUUAAUGUACUUUAUUUAUCCCUUCUUACUCCAAAGUUACGUUUAGAUGAACUGAAAAAAAGACUUUCCUGUGGAAUGUGUUCUUUGUUUCUAAGAGCCCCUAGAACAUCAUGACAUUCCUCUGAAGAGAAAACAAAUUGGUUUGAUGAAUAAUUGCACUUUAGUCUUUGAUAUUGAUGCCAUUGUUUUGCACACAGAUCCUAAUACGAUGGAAAUAAUUAUGUUUUACGAAGUCAUCUCUCACCAUUUCAAAUGUUUAAAUACACUUUGUAUGUAAUUAUUUUACAGUGUCUUGUGCAAGUCAAACUAGGCGUUGUGUGUGGAUUAUUUCCAGAUGUUGCUCAUGUUGUUACCUUCUACCAUCAAAACACAUUACAUGUAUUUUUGUUUGUGAAAGAAUGAUUGUGAGGAUGCUACAUGUAAAUAUUUACUGAACCCAUUAAAGUUGCAUUUGUUAAUUAUA